UCACAAUUUGUUGCUAAGCAUGGAGCUGCCUACUACAAUCAGUUACUGGAGCAGAACAAAGAGUAUAUCGUCCAGCCACCUACAUUAGAGACAUGUCAUGAGCUUUCGAAGAAGCUGCUUUACACACGAAUGUCAAGCCAUCUACCUUCCCGUCCGUCGAUCGCUGUUCUCUCGGUCGCGCGUUAUCUUUUACCCCGGUUCCUUUCUUCUUCUUCUUCUUAAGCGGGCGAUUACGAGAGGAAGCGGCAGGUGCGUUAGAUCUCCACUUACUCCUUGACUGUGGCUAUUUCGAAGGAAGGAGGAAGAGAAGGGAAAGAGUACUGUGUGUUUGUCUAUCUUUUCAGCUUGUGGAAGGGUUGAGAUGGAGGGCGGGGUUGGGAUCGUUGGAGAUAGAAAGGUGGAGGUGGAAGAUGGGGAUGUGCCGAUGGAGACGGCGCCAGAAGAUUUUUCUGAUUCCCAAGUCUCUAAUGGUCUGACUAAGGAUUCUUCUGAGAAUGAAGUAUUUGAGGACGCUAUCGAAGAUGCGGAGAGCUUAAGCACACCGCAAUAUGUUGAGAGUGGGGUGUUUUUGGAAGGAAAUAGUGGCGACUCUAGUUUCGGGCAGGGUUUGGAGAGCAUUCAUGGGUCCACUGAUGUUGAGUUUAAUGAUCAGAGCCCUGAUGAAGACAAGAUUGUUUCUUCUGAGGUUGUUGAUUCAAUCACCAGGUCUCAGGCCAAUGAUGCCAGCUUUGGACAGCUUGAGACAGCUACAGCUAAGGAGGAGGUAGGUAGUCAAUCUGAGGAGCAAGAAGGUUCUUAUUUAGCAAUCCCUGCUUUUAAUAAAGAUGAUAGCUAUGGUGAUGUUGAAGACUUGAAUGCCGAUGUAUUUACAGAGGGUGAAUAUUUGUCGUGUCAGAAUUUGGCUGAACCACAUGGAGAAGAAACAGCUGAUGAGUCUGAGAAUUCUGAUCAAGCUGAAGGCAGAAAAGGAAAGGAGUUGAUCAAUUUGAAUGUUGGUGAAUCAGAUGGUACAGUUGGGGAAACUUACUGUGUCCCAGGUGAUGAUGGGGAAAUAGUUUCUGAGUCUGAUAAUGAAAAUUUAGGUAUUGAGAAGACUCAGAAUGGCGUGAUUGGAGAUGAGACUUCUUUUCGUAAACAGAGUGUAGAUGGCAUUGAAUAUGAGGAAGAUAUUUCAAAUAACCAUGAAAUUGAGGAAAUAGAAAGUAAAGGCUUUGAUGAUAUCAGGGAAGGUGAUGGAAUAAAAGCAGAGGCAGAUUCUUUGUUGGUGGAAGAAGGAUCUGCAUAUUCUGAUGUUACAAGUGAAAAUGAAGAGUCCUUGACUCAAAGUGGCGGGUCUACAUGUCAAAGUAAGAUGCCAAAAGAAUCUGUUUUUGUAGAAAAUAUUGGUGAGUCGAGCUCCACUGAUGAUGACGAAAAUAAUGCUUUUACUCAGCAAGUUUCCGCAACCCGUUCACUCCCUGAGCCUUCAUUAACACCUUCGUUGCCUUCUCGUCCGGCUGGCCUAGGAUCUUCUGCACCCUUAUUGGAACCUACUCGUUCACUUCAGCCAUCUAGGGUAAAUGGGUCUGUUUCCCAUCAACAGACCCGGAAUUCUGAAAAUUCUGUCCCUGAUGAUACUGAGGAAGGUGAUGAGAUCCGGGAGAAACUUCAGAUGAUUCGAGUAAAGUUUCUGCGCCUUGCUCAUAGGUUAGGCCAGACUCCACAUAAUGUAGUUGUUGCACAGGUCUUGUAUAGGCUUGGGCUUGCAGAGCAGCUAAGGAGGAAUACAAACCGGCAAGGGGUUUUCAGCUUUGACCGAGCUAGUGUUAUGGCAGAGCAACUUGAGGCUGCCGGGAAGGAACCGCUUAACUUCACAUGUACUAUUAUGGUUAUUGGGAAGACAGGAGUUGGCAAGAGUGCUACAAUCAAUUCAAUUUUUGAUCAUGCCAAAGUCCGCACGGAUGCUUUCCAGUUAAGUACUAAGAAAUUUCAGGAUGUAGUGGGCACUGUUCAGGGUAUACAAGUCAGGGUAAUUGAUACCCCUGGACUAUCUUCUUGUCCAUCAGAUCAACGUCGCAAUGAGAAAAUUCUAAACUCUAUCAAGAGUUUCAUCAGUAAAACUCCUCCAGAUAUUGUCUUAUACUUUGAUCGUCUGGAUAUGCAGAGCAGGGAUUUUGGUGAUGUGCCUCUUUUGCGAACAAUCACUGAUGUAUUUGGUGCAUCCAUUUGGUUUAAUGCAAUUGUGGUUCUGACCCAUGCUGCCUCUGCUCCACCUGAUGGCCCCAAUGGCAGUCCUCUGAGCUAUGAGAUGUUUGUGACCCAACGUUCUCAUGUUGUUCAACAGGCAAUACGCCAAGCUGCCGGCGACGUGCGGCUCAUGAAUCCAGUGUCCUUAGUCGAGAACCAUACUGCUUGUAGAAUGAACAGAGCAGGCCAGAGGGUAUUGCCUAAUGGACAAGUUUGGAAACCACAGUUAUUGCUGUUAUCUUUUGCUUCAAAGAUUUUGCAAGAAGCAAACAUGCUUCUUAAAUUAGAAGAUAGCCCAACAGGUAGGCCAUUUGGAUCUCGUACAAAAGCUCCACCAUUACCUUUUCUCUUGUCUUCUCUUCUUCAGACAAGGCCCCAUCUCAAGCUUCCAGAGGACCAGAUGGAUGAUGAGGAUAGCAUGUUUGAUGAUCUAGAGGAGGCAUCUGAUGAAGAUGACGGGUCUGAUUAUGAUGAGCUACCACCAUUCAAAUCUCUUACACGGUCACAGCUAGCUAAGUUGAGUAAAGCACAGAGGAAUGCGUACUAUGAAGAGUUGGAUUACAGGGAAAAGCUCUUCAUCAAGAAGCAAAUGAAGGAAGAAAAAAAACGUCGGAAGCUCCUGAAGAAGAUGAACGAAUCAGUCCCUGACGUGCCCAUUGAUCACGGUGUUGAGAAUAUAGAAGAUGAAACUGGCGGUCCCGGAUCUGUUCCUGUUCCCAUGCCGGAUUUGGUGCUACCAAAUUCUUUUGAUUCUGACUAUCCUACUCAUCGCUAUCGCUUUCUUGAUUCUUCCAACAAAUGGCUUGUUAGGCCUGUUCUUGAGACUCAGGGUUGGGAUCAUGAUGUUGGUUAUGAAGGCCUGAAUGUUGAAAGGUUGUUUGCAGUUAAAGAUAAGAUUCCUAUAUCUAUUUCUGGGCAGAUAACAAAGGAUAAGAAGGACUGCUCUCUUCAAAUGGAAGUGGCCAGUUCACUAAAGCACAGUCAAGGCACAGUUAGUUCAGUAGGUUUGGAUUUGCAGACCGUUGGGAAAGAUAUGGCUUACACUCUACGAGGCGAGACAAAGUUCCAAAAUUUUAGAUGCAAUAACACCGCUACUGGCCUUUCGGUUACCGUCUUGGGGGAUACAAUGUCCGCUGGUGCCAAGAUUGAAGACAAGUUGAUGAUAAACAAAAGGCUUAGCAUGCUAAUAAGUGGUGGCGCUAUGGCUGGUCGAGGUGAUGUAGCUUAUGGAGGUCGUCUUGAGGCCAUCUUGAGAGAGAAAAACUAUCCCAUUGGGCGCGCUCUUUCAACCAUUGCUCUUUCUGUUGUGGACUGGCAUGGCGAUUUGGCUGUGGGUUGCAAUAUUCAAACUCAGCACUCCUUGGGAAGGGGAACCAACGCCAUUUUUCAUGGAAAUUUGAGCAACAAGGGAAGUGGCCAAGUUGGUAUUCGCUUGAACACUUCUGAUCAGGUUCAGAUAGCUUUGGUUGCUCUUUUGCCCAUAUUUAGAAGUAUUAUCAGGAUGCUUUCUGUUUCAUCUGAGCCUUUCUGAGAAUUCAACAUAUAUGAUUAGCCAAUGGAGGCUGCUACUCAGUCUGAUUAAAGGAUAUGAUAUAAGGCAGCGCUUACAGGUGAGUAAACCUCAAUUGCUGGGUGGUAUUUGUCUCUUUAGUUAGGCUUUGGAAUUCGAUGUCGCAUUUUAUGGUAGGUAUUUUGAAAUAUUUUAGAGUCAGGAGUGUAGAGAUUUUGAAAUGAAGUUAUUUCUUUGAUGCUUAAUGAAGGAUAAAUUGCAUUGCCUAUGGCUGCUAAUUCAUCCUAGAUUUCUUCAUUUUUCAUUGUUUGUCUUUUCAAAUAAAUUUGAUUUAAAAAUUGUUCAUUUUUUUUAGUAAUUUGUGUGACACCUACAGGUUCAGCAUUCAAUUAUGCUAGUUCCGAUCUGAUUCGAAAAAGGUUAGGGUUUGAACUUUUGAGUUUUUCAACUAUUUACAUGACUUUGGGAGUAUUUUAAUGCAUGAAAAUUGAUUGGGUGUGCUCUAGAAUGUGUCAUAAGUAUUGCGUGUGAAUUUUGACAAAAUUUGAGGAUGUCACUUUUGGAGCGGCCGCGCCUCAAUGUUGCAUGUUCUGAGUGCCGCGGCGUUGCACUCAGCCAAGGCGUCACAAAGUCACAUUGUAAUGCUAGCUCUCAGGUUGUUGUAGAUUUUUGAGCAAUGCAACGCUUCAGUUUGAGCAUUGUGAAAAUUCGCUCAGUAGGAAAUUCAAUUGUCUGCUAUUAUACAAUACUGUGAAAUUCUAACAUGUGUUUAAAUUUUACUUUAA